GUAUGCCCGCCUUAUGUGUCUAAGAAAAAGCCACAAGGUAGCAGCUCAUCGAAUUGUUUCUCUAUUUUUUAUGCCGACCUUAUGCGCCCAUUCAAGGGAGGUCUUGAACAAGCAGCGCUCUCAAGUGAGGGGUGGUUCUCUCCCUCCCUUUGACUAAGUCCUCAGCAGCCUUUUUCCCACGACACUCAAGUCCUUGCAUCUCUUCACCGUUCUUAUCGUCGUCUCCUGGGGGAUGUUGAAGGAAAUAUCAUCGCUGCCCUUCGCCGUGUAAAAAUAAUUCGUGACAAUGCUUGUUGUCGGCCGUCCACGACUCGUCCGGAAUAGCAUCAUCUUGACGCUCGCAAUCCUAUCAAUAUGGCACCUUGGACUCUUAUCCCGAACGCCUACAUCAGCAUCAGCAUUAGUAUCAGCAUCAGUAUCAGCAUCAUCAGAAUGGUCUCGUCUUGAGCGUCUCAUGAACCGCGGCGCGCCACUCACCCCAUAUCCCGACUCAAACUCCAGCUUCGACUGGAGUGCCAUCCCGUUCCGCUACCCCCCUCACAACACCACCCACCUGCCCCCUCGACACAAACAACCCCCCCUCCCCCGUAUCCAGCACCGCUUCGGCCCCGAAUCCCCGGCCGCCGCCAAAGAACGCAUCAAGAGGCUCAAAGCAGUAAAGCAAGUCUUCCUCCGGGCAUGGCAGGCCUAUAAAGGUUAUGCCUGGAAGCAAGACGCCCUGCUGCCCAUCAGCGGCGGCGGGAGGGAGCAGUUCUCGGGCUGGGCGGCGACGCUCGUCGAUGCGCUGGACACGCUUUGGAUCAUGGGCCUGCGGGAGGAGUUCGACGAGGCGGUGGCGGCGGUGGCGGAGAUUGAUUUCGGGUCGUCGACGAGCAGUCGGGUCAACAUCUUUGAGACGAACAUUCGCUAUCUCGGGGGCUUGCUGGCGGCGUACGACUUGAGCGGCAGGGAGGUGUUGCUGAAGAAGGCCGUCGAGCUGGGGGACCUCAUCUAUGCCGGGUUCAACACGGAGAACGGCAUGCCGGUCGACUUCCUCAACUUCUACUCGGCCAAGUCGGGAGAAGGGCUGGUCGUCGAGAGCUCCGUCGUGUCGGCAUCGCCGGGCACGCUGUCCCUCGAGCUGGCGCACCUGUCCCAGGUCACGGGCGACGACAAGUACUACAGCGCCGUGUCGCAGGUCAUGGACGUCUUCUACCAGGGGCAGAACAAGACGCGCCUGCCGGGCGUGUGGCCGAUCGACGUCAACAUGCGGGCCAAGGACGUCGUCAGCGGCAGCCGCUUCACGCUCGGGGGCUGUGCAGACUCGCUGUACGAGUAUCUGCCCAAGAUGCACCAGCUGCUGGGCGGCGGGGAGCCAAAGUACGAGACCAUGUCGAGGACGUUCCUGCAGGCCGCGGACCGUCACUUUGUCUUUCGUCCCAUGCUGCCGGGGGCUGAAGAAGACGUGCUCAUGCCGGGAAAUGUCAACGUCGACGAGGACAGCGGAGAGGCGGUGCUGGAUCCCGAGACGGAACACCUGGCCUGUUUCGUAGGGGGCAUGUUUGGCCUUGCAGGCAGGCUCUUUAGCCGGCCGGACGAUGUCGAAACGGGCGUCAGGCUGACCAACGGCUGCGUCUACGCCUACAGGGCCUUUCCCACGGGCAUGAUGCCCGAGCGGCUCGACCUGGCGCCAUGCAGAGACCGCUCCAGCCGCUGUCCCUGGGACGAAGAGCACUGGCUAGAGGAGCGUGCAAAGAGGCCUGAGUGGGAGCCCCAUCUGCCCAGGGGCUUCACUAGUGCCAAGGACCCGCGAUAUCUCCUCAGGCCAGAGGCCAUUGAGAGCGUCUUCUACUCGUACCGCAUCACGGGGCGGCAGGAAUUUCAAACGGCCGCGUGGGACAUGUUUACCGCGGUCGAAAAGGGCACCAGGACGCAGUUUGCCAACGCUGCGGUGCUGGACGUUACGCGAGCGGCGGAUGAGCUGCCCCAGGAGGACUACAUGGAGAGCUUCUGGCUUGCCGAGACUUUGAAAUAUUUUUAUCUCAUGUUUACGACGCCGGACAUCAUCAGCUUGGAUGACUAUGUGCUCAACACCGAGGCUCACCCCUUCAAGCUUGUGGGAUGA